AUGGAGAGCCCUCACGAGCAUCAGCAGAACUUGCUGCUGUCGCGUAUCAUCACGAAUGUGGAGAAGCUCAACGAGGCCAUCAUGGUGAUGAACAAGACCCUUCAAGAAAUCAACAUCCAGAACAUGAACAUUGAACUUGUGGCCCAGAUGUUUAAGAACUAUCAAUCCAACGUCUUGUUCCAUCUGGAGGAAUACCAGCCCAAACCAAACCCUCCCUCGAGUUUGAUCGCAUCGACACCCACCACAUCCCCAUCAUCAUCAUCAUCAUCAUCAUCAUCAUCAUCAUCGACGAUGGCGCCCUCUGCUGUGGCCGAGCCGCCGCCAAUCCCUCAAAGGGACGAGCCCUGGAAGCGACUGCCGCCGCCGACAGUGUAUCCCGUCAAGGAGGCCCGAUUCGAGAAAUACAUUCCCCCACAGCUAGACGGCCGAGAGCGCGCCCUUGCACAGCCGCCAGGCCAGGUCGCCAUCGUCAUCGACAAUGGCUCCCACUCGGUCCGCGCGGGCUGGAACUUCGAGGACAAGCCGCGACUGGCCAUCCCCCCCAUCAUGUCCAAGUACCGCGACCGUAAAAUGGGCAAGACCUUCUCGUUCGCUGGUUCCGACUGCUACGCCGAUACUACCGCCCGCAGCCAUAUUCGCAAUGCCUUCGAGGCUGGUACUGGAAUCGUCAGCAACUGGGACGUCAUGGAGCACGUCCUAGACUAUGUCUUCGUGAAACUGGGCAUGAACGAGUGCGACGGGGCCAUCGAUAUGCCCAUCGUCAUGACCGAGGCUGUUGCGAACUUGCCAUACUCGAGGAAAUCCAUGAGCGAAAUCAUCUUCGAGUGCUAUGGCGCGCCGAGCCUAGUCUACGGCAUCGACUCUCUCUUCUCCUUCCGCCACAACCAGGGUCAGACCGGCCUGGUCGUCUCCUCCUCCUACAGUGCGACACACGUCAUCCCCGUCUACAACCGCAAGGCCCUCCUCUCACAAGCCAUUCGCCUCAACUGGGGCGGCUGGCACAUGGCUGAGUACAUGCUAAAGCUGCUCAAGCUCAAAUACUACACCGGCUUCCCCGGCAAGCUUAACUCCUCGCAAACCGAGCAUAUGGUGCGCGACUUCUGUUACGUCUCGCUCGACUACGACCGCGAGCUGGCCGGCUACCUGGACUGGACCGGCCUGGAAGACCGCGAACGCAUCGUGCAGUACCCCUACACGGAAGAAGUGGUUGUACAAAAGACGGAGGAAGAAUUGGCGCGCAUCGCCGAGCGCAAGAAAGAAUCCGGACGUCGCUUGCAAGAACAAGCAGCCAAGAUGCGUCUUGAGCGCCUCAUGAAAAAGGAGCAAGAGCUCGAGUAUUACAAAGACAUUCAGCGGCGCAUGCAAGGCGAAAGCAAAAAGGAAAUCAAGCGUCUCCUCGACGAAGCCGAGCUCAAAGACGAAGCCGCCCUAGAGCGUGUCAUCCGCGACCUAGAGCGCUCCAUCAAGCGCGCGCGCCAAAAAGACCUCGGCGAGCCGGAGGAGGAAGAAGUCCCCGACUUCAGCCUACUCGACGUCCCCGACGACCAGCUCGACGAGGCCGGCCUGCGCCAAAAGCGCCAGCAGCGCCUCCUCAAAUCAAACUGGGAAGCCCGGCAGCGCGCCAAAGCCGAAAAGGAAGCCGAAAAGGCCCGUCUAGCCGAAGAAGCCCGCCUGGACGAGGAACGCCGCAAGAACGACCUGGAAGGUUGGCUGGAAGAAAAGCGCCAGCUGCGCCUCGCCAAACUGAACCAGCUCAAGGAGCGCGAACGCUUGAAGGCCGACCUCGGCAACCGCAAAUCCCUCGCCUCCCAAAUCCGCAUGAAGAACAUCGCCAACCUCGCCUCGGACAACCCGACCGGCUCGGGAAGCCGCAAACGUCGGCGAGGCGGCGCCGGCGCAGACCAAGACGACGACUUUGGCGCCGACGAUGCCGACUGGGGCGUAUAUCGCUCCGUCGCCAUCGGCGCCAACAAAGGCGACGACAGCGACGACGAGGAAGGCGAAGAAGACCUGGAAGCCGCCAUUCGCUCGCUCGAGAACGAUCUCUUGCGCUAUGACAAGACCUUCAGCUACGACAUGACGCUCGACGCGCAGCGCGACUGGUCCAAGUCCUUGCUGCAUGCCUUCCGCUAUGGGCCACGGCCGUUCGACCCAUCCUCGCAGGCGGAGACGCACCGGGUGCAUCUGAACGUGGAGCGGAUUCGCGUGCCAGAGGUGUUAUUCCAGCCGGCGGCGAUUGCCGGCGUAGAUCAGGCCGGGCUGGUCGAGAUCGCGGGGGAUAUUUUGUGCCAGCGGUUACCUUCCCUCCCUGGCAUCCAAGAUGCGCCGGACGCCUUCCUGCGGGAUGUUUUCCUCACGGGGGGGAAUACCCUGUUCCAAAACUUUGAUGAGCGCUUGCGACAGGGGCUGAUGGCGCUUUUGCCUGUGGGGGCGCCGUUGCGGGUGAGGAGGGCGCAGGACGCGAUCCUGGAUGCGUGGAGGGGCGCGGCGGGCUGGGCGUGUACGGAGGAGGCAAAAGCGGCGUGGAUUACGAGGGAGGAGUAUCUGGAGAAGGGAGGGGAGUAUAUCAAGGAGCACGACCUAGGGAACGCCUUCGCUUGA